AUGAGGAUUAAUCAACUUUUAUAGUUAUUGAUUAGUUUGAGUGUUAUAACGAGCAAUUAAAAAACUCUAAAUUUUGAGAGUAUCAACUAAUAUAGAAUCUAGCCAAAUUUGAUUUAAAGAUAACAAAUUUAUUUCAUUGAUGAAAUAGUAAGUGUAAUUCAGAAAAUAAAUAAUAUCUCUUUAAAAUUAGAUGUCUUAAGCUAACAAAUUAGAAUAUGA